AUGGCAAGGGGCAAGGUGUUGUGGUUAACUGUUCUCCUGGCGGGGUCGGCGCUGUCGCAGCCGCUGCCAAAUCCAGCACCACAAAGCCCGUGCUGCUACAAUCCGUGCAACCCGUGCCCCUGUCCGCCGCCGUGCCCCUGCAACCCAUGUGACCCUUGCAACCCGUGCCCCUGCAACCCUUGUGACCCUUGCAACCCGUGCCCCUGCAACCCAUGUGACCCUUGCAACCCGUGCAACCCGUGUAACCCGUGCCCAUGUCCCCCUUGCCAGCCCGUGGACUGUGGGGGUUGCCCGGCUGGUAUCCUGGAGCUCCAGUCGCCAUGUCCACCUGUCAGGAUUCUGAAUGGGCAAGCUCCUUCAGGCACAGUGAUCGUAAAACCAGGAGCGAUCAACUUCCCCAGACCCAAUCCCAUAGUGGUCAAACCUGGAACUGUGACCCUGCCGCCACCACCACCGAUCUGGGUGAAGCCUGCAGCUGUGUACCCCCCGGCACCCGCUCCCAUACUCGUCCGACCUCCUGCCAUACGACCACCCCAACAACCACCUAUCUUGGUCCAACCACCCCCCGUACAACCACCGCGUCCGCCCCCGAUCCUGGUGAGGCCACCACCCGUAUGUGUGCCUAAGCCAUCGCCUUUGAGGAUCACCCCACCACCAGUGCCGCUGCCGCAACCGAACCCCCUGGUCGUCUACCCGCCGAAGAUAACCGUCCCGUCACCGCCAACCAUCGUCUUCUCGCCAGACCCUCCCUCUGUCUUCAGAACCUGUGGUUGCGCUAGACUAUCAGUCAUCCCUUGCACGCCCACCCCCUGUUCGCCUGUUCUGCCCCCACCGUGCAACCCUUGCAACCCGUGCAACCCAUGCCCUACAGUUGUAGCUCCCAAACCUCCUAAGCCUCCCAAACCUCCUAAGCCUCCCAAACCUCCUAAGCCUCCCAAACCUCCUAAGCCUCCCAAGCCCCCUACACCAUAA